UGGUAAAAAACUACCACACAGCUCCGCAGCUGAGGAUAGUUCCUUGCUGUCUUUAGAAACCUUUUAUCUUGACAGUUAUCUUCAUCAUCAUUGUGGGUGGCCAGAGUAGUCUGAACUAAUUCGGAUCUGGCAUCUCUUAGGUUUGAUGUCAUUGAGUAUUUUAUCAUUUCUGUCUUGAGAACUUGUGACCAAAUUACAGGUAUGCCUUAAGGUAAGGACAGUAAACAGUUUUCUCAGAUGAGAUGAACCAAUCUAGGGUUGACUGUCAUUUAUAGUUUACAAAAAAUUAUUUGUUCAUUUAUUUAUUUAUAUGCAUAUAGGUGUUUUGCCUGCAUGUAUGUCUGUGUGCCACGUGUGUGCCUGGCACCUGCAGAGGCCAGAAGAGAGCAUUAGAUUCCCUGGGACUAGAGUUACAGGUGGUUGUGAGUUGCCAUGUGGGUCCUGGGAAUCAAACUCAGGUCCUUUGGAAGAGCAGCUGGUGCUUUUAACUGCUGAGCCAUCUCCCCAACCCCCAUCAUUUAGAAUUUGAAUUCCAUGUCAAGAAAGCUUUCCUGAGUCCAUAGAUAAUGGAACUUUAAAAAAAAAUCAUUCUCUUUACCUUUAGGGAAAAUCAUAUUCACAAUAGAUGAUAACUUGAUAAAUGUUCAUAGAUGUGCACAUACUAUAUGUAGAUGCAUACAUAUGAUUUUACAUGUGUACAAAGAUACGUAACUAUUUCCAUUCUUUUACAUUUUAUAAACCUGUCCAAUCACUGUCAGUACUGUUUCAGAUUUGUGCCAGUUUUCAGAACUAUUUAAAUUCUCUUUACUACAACAUCAUUUAUUUUCUAUUUUCUUUCAGUCAAAAAAGACUCAGAAAUACCCACAGAACAUAUUACCUACUUGGUCGAAAACUUUGAAUUUAACACACAUUGUUGAUCAAUCCCAGGUUCUGAAUGGGUCCAUGAAAAACAAAUAAAACUUGGUGCUUCCCGUAAGGUAUAGGAGCCCCAGAUAGAGGCAAACGCCAAGCAAAUAAGUACAGUAAGAUGCUGUGGAUGCCCAUGGAGCAGUGGAAUGUGGCCUUAAGAGCUCUUCACCUUUAGUGGAAGUCCCGGCCCUGACAGCUUCUAAGCACAGCACUGCUGACAGCUCCUCAUCCUCCUUGGUUUGUUUUCUCAUCUAUAGAGUGAGGCCAUAAUAGUUCAUGCCAGGUCGGGGGUUGGGGAGCACUGUUGCCCAGUGCUGGUUGGUAUCUAGUUUGUGGAAGCACAUAGAGUGUGGCUUGGCAAGGUGCCUUGGGGGAGGGGGAGGAAUUCAGAGCACCCUCAUGGAAAAAGAAGUGAUGUCCGAGUCGAAGGAGAGAGGAAGUUCUAGGCUGUGAGCGUGACACGAACAAAGAACUGAGCUUGAGAAUGUAGACUGAUGAGGUUAGUGUCAUCAGUCACAAACUUAAAAACUUUGCCUUCCAAACCUACCUUCCAAGGUAUAGGUGUUGGGGUCCAAGCAACACCCUUUCUCCUAGACUGAUCUCAUUUGUAUCUAGAAGAGGAAUUAGCUUAACAGUGCCCCGACCUGUCCCUCCUAAAAUCAUGCCUUCCUUUUCAAAGUGACAGCUAGGUUGCCGCUGUCUCUGAAGCCUGUUGUUCGCUCUGACCUCUGGCUCCUUUUCUGUUCCCUGCUUCCCCACAUCUUUUGAGUGAAUGAUUUUGCAAAGAUUUCUAUUAAAUUUUGCCCUCUUUUUCCUUUUCUGUUCAUCAAGGUUGUUUUAAAUUUCAAUCCAGUUUUCCUAACUGUCAGUCACCCCACCCAAUUGGGCGUCCUUGCUAAAUCUGAUAAUAAUGUCUUUGAGUCUGUGUCUGAAGCAUUAAUAAGCACGUUGAGCCCAACAGCAUCCAGCCGAGGACCUAACCCUGUAGAAUUCAAUUUGUUUGUGCUAAUUUAUUUGCAUACAUUAUAAAAUUACCCUAUCUAGACAUGAAAAAGAAACUUGGAAAACAAGGCUAAGUCAUUCAGUUCACUCCUGACGUACUUUCAAGUGUAGUUGGAGGGAAAGGAAGACAGAAAAAUUCUCUCUCAGAGGAUAUGGAUAUGAAGGACGUUGACAGUCACAUGUUAGAGUUCAUGUCUCCAGACAUGAAUCUUCAUCAGAGUUUGUGUCCCUGACACUUAAUUGCUAUCAAUAAUGAACCUGAAACCCUGUGAGUUUCAUUUUCCUUAUAGAUGAAUGAUCACAGCUCUCAGUAUACCCCAAGAAAAAGUCUAACAAGAUGAGCUCGAUAAUGCUGUCAAAUGUAAGGUAUUUAUGAUGCUAGAAAGACCUAGGACAUUUCUCCAGCAUGGGGGUGGCUGAGCUGGGCCUGUGGGUCUGGCUUGCAAGAGUUCAGUUCUAGACUUCCUGGUGGAGGUCCUCUGUCAUCCUGUUUAGAACUCGGUCCAGUUUUCCAUUCUAGGAGGACUUCAAGAUGACAAGUGGAAAAUCAUUCUUUUUAAUGCCCUCAUCAUUUGGCUCAGACAGGAGAAGGGAAAAAAAAAAUCCCAAGUCACACCAAGUGCUGUAAUUUGAUAGCCCGAUCCCAAACAAAGUGAGGAAGCCACACCCAAACCUUCCCCCAAAGUUAACCACAAAGAUGAACCAGAAUAGCGGAGGAAAGCAGGAAUGUUAAGAAAAACUGCCGAAGGCUUGCCCGAGGCGCGGCGGAGAACUGUGGAUGCCAUCGCAACACUUCCCCCUGGACCUUCUGGUUUUAGGACACCUCUCAUUGAGCCUCUCGCUCCUCUCCGUCCUGCUAACACCAUUACCAAGGUCCCUUCAGAGAAGAUCCUCAGAGCUGGAAAGAUUUUACGAAUUGCCAUUCUCUCUCGAGCUCCCCACAUGAUAAGAGACAGAAAAUACCACCUGAAGACGUACAGACAAUGCUGUGUUGGGACCGAGCUGGUAGACUGGAUGAUACAGCAAACGUCCUGUGUUCACUCCCGGACUCAAGCUGUUGGCAUGUGGCAAGUUUUGCUGGAAGACGGUGUCCUCAACCACGUGGACCAGGAACGCCAUUUCCAAGACAAAUAUUUAUUUUAUCGAUUUCUGGAUGACGAGCAUGAGGAUGGCCCUUUGCCUACUGAGGAAGAGAAGAAGGAGUGUGAUGAGGAACUCCAGGACACCAUGCUGCUGCUGUCCCAGAUGGGCCCUGAUGCCCACAUGAGGAUGAUCCUGCGCAAACCACCUGGCCAGAGGACUGUGGACGACCUAGAAAUUAUCUAUGAUGAACUUCUUCAUAUCAAAGCCUUAUCCCAUCUUUCUACCACAGUGAAACGGGAGUUAGCGGGUGUUCUCAUUUUCGAGUCUCAUGCCAAAGGAGGAACUGUGUUGUUUAACCAGGGGGAAGAAGGUACCUCCUGGUACAUUAUUCUAAAAGGAUCAGUGAAUGUAGUCAUUUACGGCAAGGGUGUGGUCUGCACCCUGCAUGAGGGAGAUGACUUUGGCAAGUUAGCUCUCGUGAAUGAUGCCCCACGAGCUGCCUCCAUUGUUCUUCGAGAAGAUAAUUGUCACUUCUUAAGAGUCGACAAGGAAGAUUUCAACCGGAUUUUGAGGGACGUUGAGGCGAAUACAGUCCGACUUAAAGAACAUGACCAAGAUGUCUUGGUGCUGGAGAAGGUCCCAGCGGGGAGCAGAGCUUCCAAUCAAGGAAACUCACAGCCUCAGCAAAAGUAUACUGUGAUGUCAGGAACACCUGAAAAAAUUUUAGAGCAUUUUUUAGAAACAAUCCGCCUUGAGCCAUCUUUGAAUGAAGCAACAGAUUCGCUUUUAAAUGACUUUGUUAUGAUGCACUGUGUUUUUAUGCCAAACACCCAGCUUUGCCCUGCCCUGGUGGCCCAUUACCACGCACAGCCUUCUCAAGGUACGGAGCAGGAAAGAAUGGACUAUGCCCUCAACAACAAGAGGCGGGUCAUCCGCUUGGUUCUGCAGUGGGCUGCCAUGUAUGGGGACCUCCUCCAAGAAGAUGAUGUGGCCAUGGCUUUCCUGGAGGAAUUCUACGUGUCUGUAUCAGAUGAUGCCCGGAUGAUGGCUGCCUUCAAGGAGCAGCUGCCAGAGCUGGAGAAGAUUGUCAAACAAAUCUCAGAAGAUGCGAAAGCCCCACAGAAGAAGCACAAGGUGCUUUUGCAGCAGUUCAACACAGGGGAUGAGAGGGCCCAGAAGCGCCAGCCUAUUCGUGGUUCUGAUGAGGUUUUGUUUAAGGUCUACUGCGUGGACCAUACCUAUACCACCAUCCGGGUGCCUGUAGCUGCCUCCGUGAAGGAGGUCAUCAGCGCGGUGGCUGACAAACUCAGCUCUGGAGAAGGCUUGCUCAUAGUCAAGAUGAAUUCUGGAGGAGAAAAGGUGGUGCUGAAACCUAAUGAUGUUUCAGUAUUUACGACACUCACCAUUAAUGGACGCCUGUUUGCCUGCCCGCGAGAGCAAUUCGACUCAUUGACUCCCUUGCCAGAACAAGAAGGCCCAACCACUGGGACAGUGGGAACUUUUGAACUGAUGAGCUCAAAAGACUUGGCAUACCAGAUGACAACGUAUGAUUGGGAACUCUUCAACUGCGUGCAUGAGCUGGAGCUAAUCUACCACACAUUUGGAAGGCAUAAUUUUAAAAAGACCACAGCAAACUUGGAUUUGUUCCUGAGGAGAUUUAAUGAAAUUCAGUUUUGGGUUGUUACCGAGAUCUGCCUUUGUUCCCAGCUCAGCAAGCGGGUUCAGCUUUUGAAAAAGUUUAUCAAGAUAGCGGCUCACUGCAAGGAGUACAAGAAUCUGAAUUCCUUUUUUGCCAUCGUCAUGGGACUUAGUAACGUCGCCGUGAGCCGCCUGGCACUAACGUGGGAGAAACUGCCAAGCAAGUUUAAGAAGUUCUAUGCAGAGUUUGAGAGCUUAAUGGAUCCUUCCAGAAACCACAGGGCCUACAGGCUGACGGCAGCUAAACUGGAUCCUCCCCUCAUCCCUUUCAUGCCCUUGCUUAUUAAAGAUAUGACAUUUACUCAUGAGGGGAACAAGACGUUCAUUGACAAUCUAGUAAACUUUGAAAAAAUGCGCAUGAUUGCAAAUACUGCCAGAACAGUGCGCUAUUACAGGAGCCAGCCCUUCAAUCCUGAUGCCGCUCAAGCUAAUAAAAACCAUCAGGAUGUCCGGAGUUACGUACGGCAAUUAAAUGUGAUUGACAACCAGAGGACUUUAUCGCAGAUGUCGCACAGAUUAGAGCCUCGCAGGCCGUAGACGUGGGGAGUGCCCAGAGCGAUGUUUGGUCUCCAGUCCACAGUCUUUCAAAAAUGCCCUGGAUGCUACUGCUGACUGUGCUGCCACUUGAGAAUUCUCCAGAAUGAGCAGAGACACAUCCUGAGACUCCCUGCUCAGGGCCACAUCCGGCUUUCCAACCACACCACAGAGAAGAAGUGAUUUGAUGUGUGUAACUCUGACAUGCCGUAGCUUAGGAAUCCUCAGUUAGAGCCGUCCUCGUUCAUUCCCGGCCACGCCAUCGUCAGGCUCACAUGAAGAAAUAACACUGGCGAGGGCUACUUCAAGCCCCUGACAUCCCUUUCCAGGCUGAUUGCAGUAUGAGACUGCGCCAUGGGUGGGUUUGACUUAGAUACAUUGGUGAUGAUAUAAUUGAAUGAUUUUUUUUUAAACUUAGCACCUUGGGGCAUGGGGUCUGGGGAGGGCAUUGAGGAAACCAUAGACGUCCAAAUUAUAGGUCAUAUUCUUCCGUCUUCAGAGUCUUACCCCUGAAGGAAUAGAACCUCACCACAAUACUAUGAAAUAUUAUGGCUAUUUGGUCUGUGAUUUCUGAAUGAUCUAUAAAACAAUAUGUUUACACUGUAACUUUUAAAAAUUGACAAAUCAGGAUUAUCUAUGUAAGAAUUCCACUAAGAAACACUAAGGUUCUUAAUAUUGCCAGCGUUAAGAUAGAAAAUAACAUUUCAGAAGAGCACAAUAUGCACAAAACAUUUUUCAAAAUUGAAAUAUUUUCCUGGGCAUUAAAAAAAAACCUUUCCUCUACAAAUUUAUUGUUACUGAUGAAAAAUUUAAAAAAAACAUAUUUUCUGGACUUAAAUGUUAUUACAAAAAUCUUAAUUUUCAGCAAUUGUUUUGCACUUUCAGAUAGAUUGUAAAUAGGUCAUGUGAUCAAUGGUAUAGAGUUAUUUAUUUGCUACAUAAUAGACAUUGUGCCAAAUAAUUCCUUUUUAUUUAUUUUAUUCAGUAUGAAAUUUUGGAGUACAUUUUUUUUCUGUUUUCACAAUUAGACUACAUUUAAUGUGUAGGAAUUGUAUGUACAUAUCUCGUCUGUAAAUAACAGCCAGUAUCUUCAUUAAAUAUACUUGACAAGAAA